AUGGCGACACCAGCACUUGAACCCCAGCUACACGACGCCGACAUGGCCUCCAGCGAUAUGAGCAGCAACAGCACGGAUUCCGGCUACGACACUCACUCCACACCACCGCCAGAGAAACCAGAGAAACCAGACACCCAAAAAUUGGAGCAGCAGCAGCAUGUUGCGAAACGGCCGCCAUUCGUUCGUGUUCCGGACCUGUUUGGUUCUAUCAUGGCAACUAAACCUAUCGUCAAUCCAAAUUACUUCGCAGCCAAGGCCAGGGGAGAUCGAUGGAUUGCGAGAGUCAUGAAUUUCAACAAGGCCGUGGCAGCAAGAAAUUCCAAGGUUGAUUUGUGCUUUUUGGCCUCUAUCUGGGCGCCAGAUGCAUCCGAGGACCGGCUAGUCAUGAUGUUGGACUGGAACCAUUGGGUAUUUCUCUUCGACGAUCAAUUCGAUGAAGGGCACCUGAAGGAAGAUCCCGCCGCCGCAGCGGAGGAGGUGAAGCAGACCAUUGCCAUCAUGGGUGGUAAUGCACCACUGUACACUCCCGAGUCGAAUCCCCUCCGAUAUGUCUUCCAGGAAUGUUGGGAGCGGUUAAAAUCUGUGUCUAGUCAAGAGAUGCAACAGCGGUGGAUAGACCAGCACAAACGCUAUUUUGAUCAGCUUCUCGUACAGGUCGACCAACAAGUCGGCGGCCAAAACUUCACACGCGAUGUCGAAACGUACAUGGACCUGCGAAGAGGCACGAUCGGUGUGUACCCGGCGAUCAACCUUGGCGAGUACGGCGCAGGUGUCAAUCUGCCGCAGCACGUUUACGACCACCCCAGUUUGCAGGAAUGCAUGAAAAUCUCAGCUGACUUGGUCAUACUGGUGAAUGAUGUUUUGUCUUACCGCAAAGACCUGGAGUUGGGCGUAGAUCACAACCUCAUGUCACUACUCAUGGAAAGGGAUAACCUGAGCGCCCAGCAGGCUGUUGACAAGAUUGGCGACAUGGUCAACGAUUGCUACAGGCGGUGGUAUCUCGCUCUGGCCGAGCUUCCGUCCUAUGGCGAGAAGAUCGACCACCAGGUCAUGAAGUUUGUGGAGAUUUGCAGGGCAGUGGCUCAGGGCAAUCUAUAUUGGAGCUUCCAAACAGGUCGUUACCUGGGUCCUGAGGGCCAUGAUGUCCAUGAAACAGGUAUCAUGUACCUUCCCCCCGCUUAA